AUGAAAUUCAACCCACCGUUCACGUUGCUUGCUAUCUUCUUUGCUCUACAUUUCACAGAUGCCUUACCGCUUUCAGGAUCACACAAAGAGCGACAAGUUGCUCCAAGAAAGGCGCCUUAUUCGGUCGUUCCUGUGGAUGGAGGCCAGUCUGAUGGAAUUACCCAACCUACGACACAGAUCGUUACCAGUGAUUCUACACAGACAGUCACCGAACCACCGAGGACAAUACCACCUGUAACAGAGACCCUGCUCUCCACUACUAUUGUCACCGAGUCCGAGGCACAAGCGACAACGAUCACCACCAUUACCACGACCUCCACACCCGUCACCACCCAAGUCUCUGUCAAAGAAGCCUCCCCUUCUGUUGACAUAAGUGUCGCAACGGUGACUACUAUCGUUUCGACUGCGGACAAAGUCACCAUUACCUUGACGCCAUCGGUCACUCCCUACGAUAAUGGAAUGUGGCACACAACGUAUUACAAGGUGGUAGAGGCAUCGUCUUCUUCCGAGACAAGCAGCACCAAAACAGCAGAUCAGACACACUCUUCAAUAAUUGGCACCGACUCCGCCGCAUUCACCGGCCAACCCUCGAAUGGAACUUAUACUUUGGUACUAAGAGGGAAGAACCAUUCGACACCAUCCAGCACGAUCAACAACGGGACACUUUUUACAAACAGCACCACCGCUGCAUUGGCGAACAAACCACCAAUGCCAACACUGCCUAAGGUUUCGGAAGUCGUCAACCCUACCGAGGUUCCUACAAUCGAUGUGGCAAAAAACAUGGUGCCCGGCUUUGGCAGGUAA